AUGGAGAAGGCGGCACCGACCGCCGUGGCAAGAAAGCGUGAAUCCGAUGGGAUCGCUGGCAGCAGGCCAAGGAAUCGGACAGCCGGCACAUUGAGCUCGACGGCUGGUGCCAAUCCCGAGCCCUUGACGGACUCCAGGAGCUCAAUAUCUGCUACGGGAGAUGGUCGAGAGAACCGCCUCAGUUUCCUGCUGUCGUCAUCUGCGCCCCGCUUUGCACCCACCCUCCUCGUGCUCAAAAUCGGCUCGUGCAAUUUCCCCAGUGAGAUCUCACCAUCGUUGAGUUUCCCCCUCCUCAAGCAGCUCAUCCUACGGUGCGUUUCCAUCUCGGAGGAUGUAUUCGACCAGGUGCUCUCUGGAUGCCGUGCCUUGGAGAGCCUUCAGUUGUGGGACAUUCUUACUGCGCGUCGCCUCCACAUUCGCUCACUAACUCUUAGGAGCAUUGGCUUCCGUGCUCGUAGUGCUUGCACGCAAGAACUAGUCAUUGAGGAUGCUCCCAGCCUCGAAAGAUUUGUGUCACUUUAUUCUCCGGACAUAAGUUUUGAGACUAUCCGCGUAAUUGGUGCGCCUAAACUGAAAAUAUUGGGCCUUUUUUCACCAUGUGUAUCCACACUCCAGAUUGCAACUCUAGUCAUCAAGGGAGUGUCCCCAGUCAGCUUGGCAAACUCAAUAUGCACUGUGAAGGUUCUGGCUCUCUACUCUUCUGGCUCUCAGUUGAAUGCAGUUCUAAACAUCCUCAGGUGCUUUCCCCGCUUGGAAAAGCUCUAUUUCACUUUGAAACACCCAAAGAUGGAUAUGAAAAAUGUGCGCCUGUGUGACCCACUAGAUCCAAUCGAAUGCCUCGCAAUCCAUCUAAAAAAAUUGGUGUUUGAAAAUUACAAAGGCCGUGACCAAGAUGCUGACUUUGCCAAAUUCUUUAUUUUGAACGCAAAAGUGCUGAAGGAAAUCAAAAUUUCAAGCCCUAAGGGCAACGAUAUUCAAUGGGUGGACGAUCAACACAGGCUGCUACAAGUGGAAGAUAGAGCUUCUCGAGAUGCUGAACCUGAAUUUAGAAGUGAGUUUAGCUGUUUGGGUAAAACCAAACAGAUUCAUGAUUUAUUGGAUAAUCCCUUCGACUGCUCGUGUUCUAGAAUUAAAUGCAAUGUUCUUUCAGGUGAAGCAUGUCCAUGAUUCGUCAAUGGCCGAUCUUUUCAAAUCCUUGUCUCAUAGACAGGGUUAAUGCCCGAAUAUUGUGUAGUCUUUGCCCCUUCUCUAGAAGAUAUGCUCGAAAAUUGUAUUAGCUUUUGUCCAGACUCAAUUUAUGGCUGCUCGAUCUCUGGUUAGAACUUAUUUCCUGUUUUUGUCUCACUAAGUUAUCUAUGUUGAAACUGCAAAAUGUAUGAAUGCAAAAAGGGUUUAUCAAAGCCAUUACCGCUCAUCAUGGAUGCAAAUUUAUAUACUGAUGUAAAAUGUAUGCUGACUGCAAAACAUGCUUGUAUUGAAAAAUCAAUCAUCUUUUCACAUACAAAAGUUUGUAAGGUUUGAGUGCUGGUUUUCGAACCGCUUCCGUUUUUGCUUUACUGUACUCUUCUCAGUGCAGAUGCUCCUAUGAACUCUCGAGGUUUUGUUUUUGUUGCAUAAUUCUCUGUUUGUAGAUCAGGUGUUUGGUUGUCAUUUUAAUCAAAACUUCUGCUGCUAUGUUUGGAGGCGAGCCUGCACUGGUCUCAUCCGAAUGGAAUUGUAAGAUCGUCUCAUGGUGGGAAUAUUAACAGCCGGGACCUCGUAUUCAGAAACAGCAAGGUGGUUCAUUUAUUGGGUUAUGCGCACCUUCUGCCUGUUAAGUUGUUUUCAGAAAUUAUUACUAGGUAAGAAUCAAUCUUAUUCGCUGUUCUGUGAUGGCGGAAUGAUUUGUCAGUUUCACUGAUUAUUUGCGAUAAUUCUAGGUUGGUUACGAAUCCCCUUUAGUAGUCUGUGCUUUCUAGAAAAUGGAGAAACGAUGACUGUCUUUGUAAACACAAAAAUUGCUUCAUGUAGUAUGGCCAUAUAGUGUUGAUGUGUAAUUGGUAUCAUCAGAAAUUCAUUAUCACUGCCAUGCUAUUAAUGUAUUUUUGCAAGAUACUCUCUUGGUUCACCGCGAAUAGCAUUAGCAGCCAACUGCUAGUGGUAGGUUGUGGGUAGAGUAGAUGAUUCGGUUAUCUGGGAAGCUGUUGAACUGUCGAACCACGUGUGUUUAUCACCUGAACUUCCGCGAACCAUAGUUUCUCCCUGCCCAUUUGUUCUGUGCAUUCCUCUGAUAAUUUCUGCCUUGCAACUUACAUAAUUCUUUGAAUGGAAAUGCUUUGAUCUUAGCCUAUGCUGUGCGGAUUUCAUGGUUAUCUGGGAACAGCAAGAAGAGCAGGUGAUGUGAAGAGCUACGCGUUUGUAUAACUAUGCAAUGUAAUACCAGUUUAACCCUGUAUCUGUACCAAGUACCAUGUUCAUCUUGUUGCCACAUUCUGUAUUCAUAAGCAUUAUACCAUGUUUCAUGCAUGGAUCGAAUGUCAUGGAUAUAAGCUAUUUGGUGGGUCAUUUCUUGUUUCUUAAAAAUGGACCUUGUACCAUCUGAGCUGU